UUGCCUCUUCAAUCAACAUUUGUAAAUACGACUAAAAGACUGCAUAUAAGAUUUCCACGGGGCAGCAAUAUGGAUGGCCCCCUCCCUCUCUCCUCUCUGAGACUCCUGGUGCCACCGCUGCGUCUGAUGUCAGCGGUCAUGUGGCAGGUGGUGGAGCGGCGGAGUUUGGAGCAUUAUGGGAAGCUGGAGGACUUUGUGUGUUUGAUCACAGAGGCAGUUCCAGAACUACUGACUGACAGGCAGAGAGCAGUACUGCUUCUGGGCCUCAGAGCAAAGAUGUCCCAGGAGUGGAUAGGUGAGAACGUCGCCCCAGACCUCAUCCAGACUCACCUGGACAGGAUCCAGUCCAUCUGUCUGACACAGUCCAGUGACAAGGCCUUCGAGGAUGCCAAAGCCAGGCUCAUGGCGUACACUCGGAGGAGUCCAGGAGAUCGAUGGGCUUUUGGUCAAUACUUUAAUGCAGAGCUGGAGUCUCUGGUGUGUGUGUUCCUCUCCAGGCUGGAGGAGCUGCUGCCAGUACCAGACUUUAAACAGGCUGCCUCCUGGCUCGACUCUGUCCCCGGUGGUGUGGAUGAAUGUCUGCAGUCUGUCCCCCACAGUGAAGGGCUGAGGUCUGUACUGCAGAGCCAGAUGUGCUGCCGGGAACACCUGGUAAAUAGAGACUCCAGCCCAUCCCAGACCAACCUCCUCAGCUCUCUACCUGUUUGCCUUCCAAAUAUGAUGGUGUACCAUCCAUCUGCCGACUCUGACAGUGAGUCAGAACCCUUCCCCAAGGAAAGGAUGGCUGAAGAGAGAGGAGAAGAACAGGAGACGGUCUGCGUCAAACGAGAGGACGAUGAGAAAUCGAGAGUAGCCGAGCUGAUUGGUCAAGACCAGGGAUCAGCCAAUAGAUUGGCAGGAGAAACGGAAACAUCCGACCUAGGGAUUCUGGGUUUCAUUGUUCAGAGCCAAUCUAUAAUGAUUAUCCCCCAGCCGGACCAGCCCUCUCUUGCUGUCGUCUCCCAGUCUGCACCCACUCUCACCCUGCCUGUGGCCUGCAGGGGGCAGACUGCAGUCAACUCUCCCUCAGGACAGAGCAGGCCCUCACCAGAGAGAAAAACUGUUCCUGUGAGCAGCCAAAAGCCCCAGGCUUCACCGGGGAGCAUCAUCCCUGAGUCGUCUGAUAAGCCUGUAGAAUGUAUUAUGGUGGAGAGUGACACAGACAGCCCCACAGGUGAGUCCUCGUCUUCCGAGACGCACCCCUCUAGCGUAUCCCACAAUCCCCGGCGUGUUGCCCACAAGUGCCCGACGUGCGGGAAGUGUUUCAUCUACCGCUCCCAGGUGCUGCGUCACCUGACCACACACUCACGAGGCGGCCGCUACAAAUGCUCCAAGUGUGGCAUUGGCUUCCCAACGCCCUGGAGCCUGAACGACCACAAGCGCUCUGUGUGUGUCAACGCCACUUUCGACUGCCCCCAGUGCGGGAAGGGGUUUGCGUCGCUCCGUGAGCAGUACCGUCACCGCCUCACCCACAAGACCAACACCUGUUUUCAAUGUGGGGUGGGCUUUAGGACCCAGCUGGAACUGACCCGACACCACAAGACCCACUGGGCCCAGCCGCUGCACCAGUGCUGCCUGUGCGGCAAACGCUUCCGCCUCCUCUCCAGCCUGACCAAUCACAAGCAGACUCACUCGUCCGGUGGUGGCUUCGCCUGCACCCAGUGUGAGCGUGUGUUCGGCUCGGUGAAGGAGCGCGACGCCCACCGGCAGAUGCACCGCGUACCCAAGCUUAUCUGCCCUGUCUGCGGCGAGACGUUCACCUCGCAGGCCAAACUAAUCAAACACCAGCAGACCCAUCCGGCCCCGAGGGGAGCGAGGGGCCGAGGUACAAAUGCCGUUACUGUGAGGAUACGUUUACAGGCCUGA